GAAACAGUGAAAGAUAUAUUCACUAAGUUGUUGCGUACAAAGGAGACAAUCGUGUAGGCUGUAGGCUGUAGUUCUUACAUAGGUUGGUCAAUCGCGUCCUUUUUUUAUCACUAUAUAGGCUAGUGCUUACACAAAACAUUGAUUAUGUUGACAAAUAGAAGUGUGAAUAGUUAUAAUAGAGAAGUUUUAUUUACUUUAAACCGCAUACAAGCCGGUAUAAAAAUAGAAAUACCCGGCAGCAAUCGGUAUUUUUUUCGAAGCAUUGCGUUCAGUAGUUCACAUCCCAUCAUUUCGCCACUAGUCCCCACACGAUCAAGAAUUGAAUUGGAACGAGCUCGGAUAGACACAUACCUAUACGAUCGUUUUACUGCUGCCUGUGGGCUGCUGACUUUAACAACCAGUUGAAAAUAAGUGUACGGCUGAUUUCGGCUGGCAUAGCCUCAGAUACUACUAUAUGUGCCAUCCUACAUCGCAUUGACAUAUUACACCCUAUAAUACAAUAACACAUACACACUCUAAAUCACAUUAGCAUAUAACACACUUGAAUCACGCCAAUCUAUAACGCGCCCUAGUAGAUAAAAUUAAAAUGGUGGAAGGUCCUGGGGCAACCCGAAAUGGUACAAAAGCACGGGCAUUAGUGGGGUGGAUAGAAAAGGAAUAUGGCACACUUGUAGAGGCGUUCUCGGUGGGAAAGGAAGUAUAUCUCGUAUUUUCUCCACCUUCGGACCCAAUAAAAGGCCCUCCGGUUCCAGGAAAGGCUCUGCGGUUGCACUUUGGAAUGAGUGGGACUAUGUUGAUCGGCAAGAAGCGGAAUGAAGGGGUGCCAAAGUGGAAGGGAGCCCCGACCAUUGUUCUUGAGUUUUCUAGCGUGAAUUGUUUCAAUAGCAAGAGCAUACAAUACAUGGAGUGCUUUCAAGCAACAUUCAGCAAAGUCACGCCAUAUGUGGCUCGUUCAAAGUAUGAGCACUUUCGCGCAUUGGAUGUAUGUUCACCGCACUUCGACAGUGCGUGUGUGUAUGACGCAUUGCACAAGAGACCUGCAAGUAUUCUUGCGGAUGCCAUUCUCGAUCAGCUCUUAUUCCCCGGUGUAGGAAAUAUAAUUAAAAUCGAAGCUCUACAUGAAGCCAGACUCAACCCCAAACGGCUUGUCAUGACGUGUACGAAGGAAGAACUGAUGUGUUUGAUACAGCAUUGUCGAGACUAUGCCUUGCUGUGGUUGAAACGUGGCCGUGCGCCUUAUAAAAAUGUGUACAACCAGACCAUGUGUGUAACUUGUAAGCUACACACUGUGCAGAUCCAGAAGAUGGGCAGUGACCUGAGUCGGACCACCUUUUGGUGCACAAAUUGCCAACCUAUAUCUGGUGACAAGCAAAGUGCUACCAUAGCAGAGACACAAGCCCCAGAACCAUCGACCCAAGGAACCCCCCAAAAUUCGCCAUUGCCCACGCAACAGUCACAGUGCUCUCAACAUGGCACGAGCAAACUCAAGCUCAAGCGUGUGCGUAAACCCAACGCCAACCAAGGACGACUAUUUCUCACUUGCCAAGUGAAGUGCAAGCUCUUCGCGUGGGCGGAUGAGCAUCUGCACCGCUGUUGUAAGAGUCCGUGUACGCUCAAGAUGAGCAAGACUAGCAAGACCGGUGGCCAGUGGUUCCUGUGCUGCAAGGGCUGUCAGUAUUUUGCCUGGGCGAAGGAGGUAGACUUGCAACCAUUUGGACCGCGGUUAACCCCAUUACUAUGAGAAAUAAACGUUUAU